UUUUUCUCUUUUAGCGUGAAUGUAUAUCAAUGCACGUUGGUCAAGCAGGAGUGCAAAUGGGAAAUUCAUGUUGGGAAUUAUAUUGUCUCGAACAUGGAAUUCAACCAGACGGUACUAUGCCUUCCGAUAAAGUUACCGGGACGAAUGAUUGUUUUAAUACUUUUUUCAAUGAAACAAGUUCUGGUAAAAUGGUUCCAAGAGCUGUAAUGGUUGACCUUGAACCAACCGUCGUUGACGAAGUCCGCAUUGGUCUUUAUAAACACUUGUAUCAUCCAGAACAACUUAUCACUGGGAAAGAAGAUGCAGCAAAUAAUUAUGCUCGAGGUCAUUAUUCCAUUGGUAGAGAAGUUAUCGAAUCCGUAAUGGAUCGAGUUAGAAGGCUGACGGAUCAGUGUACAGGAUUGCAAGGUUUUUUUGUAUUUCAUUCUUUCGGAGGAGGUACAGGAUCCGGUUUUACCUCUUUACUCAUGCAAAAGCUUUCGGACGAUUAUGGGAAAAAAAGUAAAUUAGAAUUCGCUGUAUACCCUGCGCCUCAAGUUUCUACUGCUGUUGUAGAACCCUAUAAUGCAAUCUUAACAACACAUACAACGAUUAGCCAUUCAGAUUGCGCAUUUAUGGUCGACAACGAAGCUAUUUAUGAUAUUUGUCGACGCAAAUUAGGAAUAGAAAGACCAUCUUAUGCAAAUUUAAAUAGACUCAUUAGCCAAGUUGUAUCUUCCAUAACAGCAUCCUUAAGAUUCGAUGGAGCAUUGAAUGUAGAUCUGACUGAAUUUCAAACAAAUUUAGUACCCUAUCCGAGAAUACAUUUUCCUCUUGCUACCUAUGCACCCGUAGUAUCUGUUGAUAAAGCUUUUCACGAAGGAAUGACCGUCGCUGAAAUUACAUCUGAAUGUUUCGAAGCUACCAAUCAAAUGGUGAAAUGUGACCCACGUGAAGGAAAAUACAUGGCAUGUUGUCUCUUAUAUCGCGGCGAUGUCGUGCCAAAAGAUGUUAAUGCUGCGAUUGCUGCAAUGAAAGGGAAAAGUUGCAUACGUUUUGUCGAUUGGUGUCCAACUGGUUUUAAAGUUGGUAUUAAUUAUCAACCACCAACUGUAGUACCUGGUGGAGACUUGGCUAAGGUUCAACGUGCAGUAUCCAUGUUAUCUAAUACUACAGCUAUUGAAGAAGCUUGGGCUAAAUUAAAUCAUAAAUUUGAUCUAAUGUAUAACAAACGAGCUUUCGUUCAUUGGUACGUAGGAGAAGGUAUGGAAGAAGGAGAAUUUGCAGAAGCUCGAGAAGAUCUUGCGGCACUCGAACGAGAUUAUGAAGAAGUUGCUCUUGAAUCACCUUCAACUCCCGAUGCAUCAUUAGAAUAUUGAUCUGAUUUUUUGAUCAGUAUCAUAUAUACUACAUAUCUAAUCAUUGAUAUCUCUAAACAUACAAAAUCAAAUUAUUAUAUCGAAAAUAUUUAAAGUCGAAUCAACUAUCGACAUAGCAUAAAAA